CGGUACGUUAGAAAAAUCAACAUCAUUGGAAUCUACAAUUCCCACACAUAUAACUCCCAUUCCAACUUCCGAGUCAUCAGAACCGCAUCCGGAAAUGACUAAACGUAUUAUUUCCGUUUAUUUCACAAGUUGGAGUAUUUAUGCCCGUGAGUUCAAUAUAAAAGACCUCGACGCGACGAAAAUUUCUCACAUUAAUUAUGCAUUUGCAAAUUUGGAUGCUGAUGGAAAUGUUAAACUUGGUGAUCCCUGGGCAGAUACUGAUAAGCAUUUUGACGGUGAUUCUUGGAACGAAGGAGGUAACAAUUUGUACGGCAAUUGGAAACAAUUAGGUCUAUUAAAAAAGAAUAAUAGGCAUAUUAAAGUACUUAUAUCAAUUGGCGGGUGGACUUGGUCGACUAAUUUUCCUGCGGUUGCCGCAGAUCCUUCUAAGAGAAAAAUAAUGGUCACUUCCGCAAUAAAGAUGAUGUAUAAUCUUGGUGCUGAUGGCAUCGACAUUGAUUGGGAGUACCCUUCUACUGAAUCCGAUUCGAAUAAUUAUGUAAAAUUAUGUAAAGAGCUUCGGCAUGAAUUGGACAAAUAUGCUGAAAAAAUUGGUGAGCAAGUUCCGUUUCUUCUAACUGCCGCAGUACCAUGUGGACCAGACAAAUUCAAAAAGAUGUUUUUGAAAGAUAUGAGUAAAUAUCUGGAUUUCUUUAAUCUAAUGUCAUAUGAUAUGGCAGGCUCUUGGUCAUCCGUUGCUGACCAUCAAGCAAAUUUAUAUGGUGGCGAUUUAUCGGUUGAUAAAGCUGUUACCGGUUAUAUCUCACAGGGAGUUUCGGCUCAAAAAAUUGUAGUAGGUAUUCCAAUGUAUGGUCGUUCGUUCACUAAAACAAAAGGCAUUGGUCACUCUUUUGAUGGGAUUGGUGAAGGAACAUGGGAAAAGGGCGUUUUGGAUUACAAAAAACUACCACCCCAAAAUGCCCAAGAGUUUUUUGAUGAUAAAGUAGUAGCAAGUUAUAGUUACGACUCAAUUACAAAAGAAUUGGUAUCUUAUGAUACACCUGAUGUUGUUAGGCUCAAAACCAAAUAUGUCGUAGAUAACAAUCUACGUGGAGUUAUGAAUUGGGAAAUUUCUGCAGAUUUUCCUACAUCUCAUACCCGUUCACUGCUCUCCAUUGAAUUUGACUCACUCGAUGGAACCAACUGUUUAGAUUCUACUCCAAACCAUAUUUAUUAUCCGGACAGUGAAUAUGAUAAUGUCAAAAAUUAUUUCGAUUAA